AUGCUCAACUUCUACCGACGAUUCCUGCCGAGAGCUGCCGAAAUGCUGACGCCGUUGAACGAUCUCCUCCACGGCAACGUCAAAGGGAAAGCGGCGAUAUCGUGGACGCCGCGAGCGCAGGAGGCAUUCAAGAAUUCGAAAGAGAGCUUGGCACAGGCCGCGCUCUUGCGACACCCCAGGAUAGACGCAGAGCUCGCCCUGUUCACUGACGCGUCGGAGCAGAGCAUCGCGCGACUUUGCAACAGCGUGGCAGCGACGGAUGGGAGCCAGAACUGCUGGCAAUCUACCUGGGGUCAAACACUUUCGAUACAUGCUGGAGGCGCGCGCGUUUGUGAUCUACACGGAUCACAAACCGUUGAUCUACGCUUUUCGUCAACGACCGGAGAAGAGCACGCCGCGCCAGUUCCGCCACUUGACCUCAUCGGCAGUUCUCAAACCGACAUCCGGCACGUGACAGGCGAGGAGAACGUCGUGGCGGAUGCGUUAUCACGAGUCGAGGAGCUGGAUUCCUCCCUGGACUACGCUGCACUGGCGGAGUCGCAGGGGACUGACAAAGAGCUCGACGAUUAUACAAGACCCUUUCGGCGGGCCGCAUUCAACUUGGUGCACGACCUGGCACACCCAGGAAUCAAGGCGACGGGCAGACUCGUGGCGCAGCGCUACGUCUGGCCGUCGAUGAACCUGACUGCCGCAGCUGGGCGCGUGCAUGCGUGCCCUGUCAACAGGGCAUGCGAUACUGUCUCACUACGUGCGUGGACCGCUUCACACGGUGGCCGGGGCGUUCGCACUACGAGACCAGAGGCGGAGACGGUCGCAAGAGCAUUUUACGAGGGAUGGAUUUGCAGAUUCGGGGCGCCCGUGCGAGUAACAACGGACCAGGGGCGCCAUUUCGAGUCCCAUCUCUUUCGACGGCUGAGCGAGAUGACAGGAGUACAGCACCUGAGGACGACGGCGUACCCCCUCAGGCCAAGGCAUGGUCGAGAGGUUGCAUCGCCAGCUCAAGGCGCAAUCAAAUGCCGGCAGAAUGAUCGCUGGACGGAGGCGGCUGCCGACGGUGCUGCUCGGGAUCCGAGCAGCGUGGAGAGACGACCUGCAGGCGACCGCAGCGGAGCUGGUGUACGGCCAGACGCUGAGGAUCCCAGGGCAAUUCCUGAGUCGACGACCUGUGGACAGCGAGGACGACGCGGCCGACUUCGCAAGGACGCUGAGGGAGCAGUUCGAGGAGCUGCGCGACCGGUGGACGGCACCCGACACGGGGAGCGACGGCCGUUCCUUUACAAGGACCUAGCGACGGCCGAACAGGUGUUCGUGCGACACGAGGGACCGAAAAGAUGUUGGCAGGGCGCCGUACGAGGGGCCGUACGCAGUCAUCAGCCGAGCGACAAAGUCUUUGUCGUGCGUAUGCACGGCAAAGAGAAAACGGUCUCAAUAGACCGUCUUAAACCGGCUUAUAUUUUGCAGAGCGAGCCAGAAAACAACAGCCCGCAGAGUCGACGGCACGAGACCGGACAACCGAGGUCGAGCACGAGGCGCGCGAGAGGACGCGAGGCCGCUGCCCGAGAGAGCCAGAGAACGACGAGAGCGGAAGAAAGGUCCGAUUCCCGAGUCGUUUCCAGGCGGGCCUGUGACGUCGAGGAACCAGGAGGUGCAUCGAGAGCCCACUACAGCUUAGAAUUUGGGGAAUUGUACUUGCCAAUCUGUCCGCUGGGUAUUGAAAGCUCCUUAUGA